AAUGCUGGUGUAAUGGUUGCUAAUAAUACCAGGCACAGGGCAAGAGUUCUUUAAAGGGUGAAGAAAUGGAAAUGGAAAUGUUGCAGCUGCCGUUUGAGGAGCUUGACAUUCACAGAUAUUGGGGUUCACUUGUGAAGAUUUGGCAGCUAUCAGGGCCAAACCGGUUUACACUCGGUGGUGAUAUUGUGAUGUGACUUUUGUCAUUUCGCACCAGUGUUGACGUGCAAGUCCAAGUCCAUGCAAUGUUAUUAAGUCUAAUUUUGAAAGGUCAAUUUAGCCAAAUCCUCCCAAAACACAAAUUGAUGCAUUACUCUGAAGGGGUGUAUCUAUGCAGAAAGAUGGAUUCAUCUAUCAAUAGUUAUCAAAUGUAACAAUAAUGUAUCCUGAACACUGCACAGCCACACAACUUACUCUGGAACAUUUUCAAGACUAUUUUCCCCUACAGGAUUAGUCGUAGUAGUUAGCCAGGUAUAUUUCUGUGGCUCACUUGCCUGUGUUUGUGUUUUGAGACAUAACCACACUUGUUUUGUUUCCCUCUAACCACCAACAUCCAACACUGACUGUGACUAAUCCAAUAGAAAGGGGUAAGUAUGAAGCUGGGGCUCUUUUCAUGAGGAGCUUGAGAGACAAUGUAAAGCAUUACAAACGCAUGGUUCACCGUAAAGAUGUGCAACAGUCUUAUUGUCAAAUGUUCUUUUUUCGAAGGUGUGUGUGAAUGCAACAUUGUCAUUUGGAUCUUGGUAAAUGAAUGUCUAGUCCAUAUGAAACAAAUUAUGAAAUACAGUGGAAGUGAACAUUUAUUAAUCUAAUGUUCAAAUUCAUUAUCGGUUUUGUAUGCUUCUCAAACACAGCAGAACAACUGAACUGAAAGUGAACAUUUGCAUUAAUAAAUGUCUUUUGCAGAGUAGCUCGCUGACUCUUCCACCACGGGGAAUGUGUCGGUUUGCAGAGCAGCACACAGAACCCACUUGAACUGAGCUGCAGAUGUGUUUGAAAGGACGGGCACAGAUUGUUUUAUCCCUGAACGUCAGGAAGACGCAUUGAAUGCAUCUUCACGUGCAUGGAUGAAGAUGAUAAAAAUUGGUAGAGGUGCAGCGGUGGAGUCACCUCACCUGAGAAUCAGGGACCGCUGAGGCCAGAAGGUCACCGCUGCAUGUGUCGUGAAGGUGCAGCUGCAGAGACCUCCAGCGGUUUGGUCCAACUUUAUUCAAACAAUGAUUGCACUAAUGCGUCCUCUCCAUAACCAAUCCUCACACUCUAUGUCACCUUAAUCCUACUGAUCCAUUUACACUCACAUUCCCACUUAUCUGUUCCAGCCUAGUGUGUCGUUCCAUCGCUUAUAUUCUCACGAUAUACUAUUGCAUGUAUUUUCUAAUCUAUGUUACAAAUUGUGAAUACUGCUACAUAAUAUGUUAGGACAGCUCCUUGUGUAAUUUGACUUCAUUUACACAGAUUAUUUAGUUAUGCAUAUACCGUAGAUCAAAGUAAUGGGAUUAUCAGCUUCGUGUAUAACACCUUUAAUGUAACAUGUUUUAACCCCAUACUUCUUUUUGGGUUUUAUUCUGGAUGAUGCUACUCUCUUGCUGGGCAUAAUCAGGUCCACAGAAGACCGAUGACAAGAUGAGAGCCUUCGCGGAGGAGGUCUUUGCGUCUGAGACCAAAGACGAGAGCGUCCGCGAUGAGAUCUCCAUGUUUGACGUGGCUGAAGACUGUCCCAUUAUCCACACUGAGAUGGCCUUCCAUCUGCACACUGACGAUAAUGCUGAGAAACGCAAGAGGCUCCAGCGUUGCCGCACCGUUGGCUUGCCCACAGUUCCUGGAAAGGAUGCUGCUGUCCCUGUGGAAGUGGGGACCCCCACCUACCUGGACGUGCCUGACUUCCAGAGGGUGGCCAUCAUUGGAGACUACGCCUCUGGGGUGACCAUGGACGACUUUGAGCUGUCCUGUAAGGGUCUGUACCGCGCCCUGACCAUCAGGGAGAAGUACAUGAGGCUGGCCUAUCAGCGCUUCCCACGCACGGCCUCGCAGUACAUGCGUGAAAUGGAAGGGGAGAGCUUCAAACCUGAGGACCAGGUGCAGCCAGUCUUCACUCGGCUUCCCGAGAAUGGAGGUGACCCCUUUGACAUAAAGGAGCUGCCGAAGAAUCUUGGCUACGUUGCGCGUAUGAAGGACGGCGUCAUCUACGUGUACAACGACGCCGCGGCUGCAGACAAACACCAGCCCAAGGAUCUGCCCUGCGCCGACUACGAGACCUUCAUCGAUGACAUGAACUUCCUCAUCGCUCUCAUUGCACAGGGCCCGACGAAGACUUACACUCACCGCCGCCUCAAGUUCCUCAUGUCCAAGUUCAACGUGCACGAGAUGCUGAAUGAGAUGGAGGAGAUGAGGGAGCUGAAGCUGAACCCCCACAGGGACUUCUACAACUGUAGGAAGGUUGACACCCACAUCCACGCCGCCGCCUGCAUGAACCAGAAGCACCUGCUGCGCUUCAUCAAGAGGUCUUAUCGUGUGGACGCCGAACGCGUCGUGCACAAGCUCAAUGGCCGGGAGGUCACCAUGAAGGAGCUCUUCCAGUCCCUCAACCUGCACCCCUAUGACCUCACUGUGGACUCUCUGGAUGUGCACGCUGGGAGACAAACCUUCCAGCGUUUUGACAAGUUCAACGCCAAGUACAACCCCGUGGGAGCCAGCGAGCUGCGUGACCUGUACAUGAAGACAGAGAACCACAUCAAUGGAGAGUACUUUGCCACCAUCAUCAAGGAAGUAGCCAGUGACCUGGAGGAUGCCAAGUACCAGUUCGCCGAGCCUCGUCUCUCCAUCUACGGCUGCAAGCCCGACGAGUGGAGCAAGCUGGCCGGCUGGUUCGUCAGGCACAGAGUCUUCUCCCCCCACCUCAAGUGGAUGAUUCAAGUGCCCAGGAUCUACGAUAUCUUCAGAGCGAGGGACUUCGUGCCCCAUUUUGGCAAGAUGUUGGAGAACAUUUUCCUCCCUGUGUUCCAGGCCACCAUCGACCCGCAGUCCAACCCGGACCUCAGCAUCUUCCUCAAGCAUGUGACAGGUUUCGACAGUGUGGACGAUGAGUCCAAGCACAGCGGGCACAUGUUCUGCACCAAGAGCCCCAAACCAGAGGAGUGGGACAUCGCCAAGAACCCCUCCUACACCUACUACAUUUACUACAUGUAUGCCAACAUCACUGUGCUCAACCAGCUCCGCAAACAGAGGGGGAUGAACACGUUCAUGUUCAGGCCUCACUGUGGAGAGGCUGGAGCCAUCACCCAUCUGCUGGCUUCCUUCAUGACCGCUGACAACAUCUCUCACGGCCUCAACCUCAAGAAGAGCCCCGUGCUGCAGUACCUGUACUUCCUGACCCAGAUCCCAAUCGCCAUGUCCCCUCUCAGCAACAACAGCCUGUUCCUGGAGUACGCCAAGAACCCGCUGCUGGAGUUCCACAAGAAAGGCCUGGUUGUGUCUCUCUCCACAGACGACCCCAUGCAGUUCCACUACACCAAGGAGCCCCUCAUGGAGGAGUACGCCAUCGCCGCCCAGGUCUUCAAGCUCAGCACCUGCGACAUGUGUGAGAUCUCCAGGAGCAGCGUACUGCAGAGCAGCUUGUCUCAUGAGGAGAAAGUCCUGUACCUGGGUGAGGACUACCUGAAGGAGGGACCGGAGGGCAACGACAUCCGCAAGACCAACGUGGCCCAGAUCCGUAUGGCGUACCGCUAUGAGACCCUGUGCUACGAGCUCAACCGCAUCAAGGAAGGCCUGAAGGCUGAGUAAACAAAAUCACAUCCGUCGUAACGCUUGUCUGUAUUGGGAUGUAGAAACGUUUCUAAAUGUGUUUUUCCACCGCGACUCUUAAUCCAGUUAGGAAAGUGACCUACUAACUAACAAAGGAUGUUCUUUCCUUUGGGAAAACAUGUUUGUCUGGAUUUCUUGUACAUCACAGUAUGACUGUUCUGUGUGGGGAAACAUCAUGUAUUGGAGUGAAAGGAAAUAAAAUGUGAAUUUCUA